CACGACAGUCACAGACCCAGUCCUCUGCGGCCGGCCAACGAGCUUUGGUACAACAUUCCGGCUUCUGCGAGCCGACAUCAGGAAGAGGAAGAAGACGGGCCAAAGCUAUCUGCAUACCAAGCCACGGCACACCGAUUUAGCUCAUGCUCCUCUCACCCAACCACGCCGUUGCGAUCGCCGCCAAUCAUAAACUCAGAUCUCAACAAACCACUACCACCCUCGCCCUCAAAUUCAGAAAGGAAACCUAGCAAAUGCUCGACAUUGUUUGGUCUUCUCCGUCGCGAGCCUCCCCGCCAACUAGACUCGACACUUCUGCAGCCCGAACCCUACCAACCGAACCAACGGCAUUCCACAGAUUUGAGUGUGGAAACACAUGCCCGUUACUCGCAUAUUCACUCUCACAGUAUGCCUAAUUCGCCCCGUGGUUUCGUUCAGUCGCCCUGCAGCAGCGCAGAACAUCUACCCCAGACUCAAUUUCCAGCUACGGAUUUCUCAGAAACCUUCCAGUACCAGCCGUAUUCUACGCCGCCACAGAAUCCGUCAUCACUAUCUCAGCAACGACGUACGGUUUCUUCCGAUGCCCACCUCGAAAUGAUAUCGCCCCGAACUCGCACCUUUCCUGACCCAACCCUCAACUCGACACCACGCGAUACAGCACCCAGUAGACCACGGCCGCAUACGACUUGUCUUUCACCUACAGAGCCUUUUACGGACAUGUCACAAUUUCACCUCUUUGCAGAGGCAAUGACUGGUCUGCCGAGCGACACUGAACCUUUCUCUCCCAGUGCACCACCACAGCUCCGAGGUUCGCUUUUCGCUCGUCGGAGUACUAACGACAGCAUUCCCCUGCCAUUGCAGCACCCCCAGGGAUCAUGCGCCCCGCCAAUGCGACGGCCCCAGCGAGAACAAAGAGAUGACUGGCAGAACUUUGAACCCCCACCACUCAUUUCGUCACUAGCAGCGCCUGCGCUCAAUCAUCCACAACCUUCACUGGAUAUGUUUGUGGACUCGUAUCAGCCAUGGCAACCACCUCCACAGAUGGAUGAAGUAAACGCGGAACUGGAAUUGUUAGGACUGAACGACCCACCGCGAGGAGACGAUGAGUUACCCAAUUACCAACAGAGCCAGGAAGAAAUGGCAGAGCGAAAGAGACUGGAGGCUGCAGCGAGGGCACGAGAACUAGAGGCACAAUGGCGA